AUGUUUUCUCCAUCCGCGAACGAAGGUGGCCCGGCCACGGCGACUCGCUCCCGACGGCGAUUGCGCCCUAAGAGCCAGGAGCAGCUCGUGACGGCUCCCAAAUCCAAGAGACAGCGCGUGCCUCUGAGCGAGCAAACUUCGACCAACAACGACGCCCAGCCCGAGAUGGUUGAGGCCAGACCGGAAAAAGCUGCAACACCCGUCGAGCCCAAGAAGGAUAUUGCCGUCGAAAACGCUCCUCCAACACAGACCGUAUUGCGCAAGGAGCUAAUUGUGCGGACGAAGAAGCCUAAGCAUGGCGAUCGUGCCGCCCAAAAGGGUGAUGGGAGCCUCGUUCUAACAAGCACCAAUGCCUAUACUGUCAGCAAAUUGCCAGCACUGCCAGACAGAAUCCGGAGUGACUGGUCUGGGAGCCAACACGCCGACAUUUUCUCAUCAUCCGGCUAUGCAUUGACACUAACACCUACACAUGCUGUUGUUUGGCCUUACAAUUCGACUUCGCAAUCCCCCGAGACCUUCACCUUCACUCUGCCGUCCUCCUCGAAGCCCAACGAUGCCCUCCCGGUGGGAUGCCUCGUCUCUCCCUCUGCGUCAUCAACCGAACCUGGACUGGUUGUUGUUAUGGCUAGUACUGGCAAGGUCGUCUUUUGGGAGUCUAUUUCUAGCGCUGCUACGUUCGCCUUCAUCAAGAAAGACAGGUCCGGCGUCGAGUAUCAGAUUUCUGGAAUGUCUUCGGGCGAAAAAGUGGUUGCCAUCACUAAUGCAGAGACCGCUGGGUUCCUCCUAACCUUUAAUAGUGGGCGCUUGGCCUACAUGAACGUGCGAGACAGCCACGGACGACCGGCAAUUUCUGUUCAGUUUUUACGAAGCAAUCUUUCGACUUCUACCAGCGGCAUAUUCGGCACCAUUCGCUCUGCCUUUUCGCACCUAAGCCUUAAGGGGGAUAUUGCAGCUGUCCGGGCUGAUAGAUCCACAAGAGUUGGUGAAAAGAAUAUUGUUGCUAUGACAAACAAGGGCAAGCUGCAGUCAUGGAAUGUUCACCGCGGAGGCCACAGUGAACCGUUUGGCGAAUUUGAUGCCCGAGAGUCCAUCAUAUCAGCACUCUGGGAAGUCGACCCUUUCUGCCGCGACCUUCCAGCCGACUCCUUCGAAGCUCUCGACUUUACUUUUGUUCCGAGGGGCCUGGAGCACAAAUACCUAGAUCUUAGCAAGCUCAGCGCCGCUACAUCUACGGAUGACCCAUCUGUUCAGCAACUGCUACUGCUUGUUAGCUUGACUAGCCGAGCCGUCUCCCGUUACGCCCUCGUCGAGGUGAUUCUAACGCAGAGGAGAUUCCAAGCUGUAAGGCCGCGGCUCUAUCUGCCACGUCCUGCACUCGUGGCUUUCGCAGUAUUUGACCGUGCUGCGGUAAUAGCGUCCAUUGCAGUAUCUCCAGAGUCCCCUGAUGCCCAACUUCAAACCGACACACACACCCUGUCUCCUUCAUUUGAAGAUGUCAUCGACUUUCGUGAAGAUAACGUGCAUGAGGUCAUUGGAUCUGGAUUUGAAGAAAUGUCGCAUGUAUCGUCUUCCAGCGAGGAAAGUCGAGCUGCUCGCGCCAAGAGCAAAAAUCCAGCCGUGGUGCUGAUGGUUCGCGGAGCUGGAAUCGUCCGUAUUGCGACAACGGAUGUGGACAAAUUCGCCAGUGAUCAACCUCCACAAAUAUCGGCCAAAGGCAAACUCGAGCAGGCCGUCUUCUUUGGCACCAAGAAGAACAACCCUCUGGUUUUCAAUGCCCGCCAGGAAGUGACAUUUUCAAAGGACGAAAUCGCGCAGGCGGCACAAGAGGUCAGCAACGAGAUUCUGAGUUCGACUACCGCAUAUAUGUCUACCUUGCCUGCGUCAUUGGAAGAAAAUCUUGUUGCACGCUCGAAUGCUUUGGAGAAGCUUAUCCUUCACCUCAAGGCUACUGGUACCCAUCUGGACCGCAAAACCCGCUGGAGUCUGUUAUACAAUGCUGAAAAAAUGCACGUGGCAACGCUCCUUUGGAAGCGACAGGAGGCUUUUGUCGCAGCGCGCCCGUCUGACAGCAAGAAGAGCUUGAUCGGAUACAUUGUUGAAUUCAUUCAUCAGGAUCAAAAGCACAAUCCUAGUGCUGAAAUUGGCGAGGUUGAUCGUAUCCGACACUGGUUUAUUAACGACAUAUUCCGUCUUGAACUCUUUGUGGCAUGGGCAUACGAGGUUAUUAAGAUCUUGUACAAAGAUAAACUACUGGAUGACGCCAAGGUGACAAUGAUGAUUUCCGAAGCACUUCAGAUUAACAUAUGUGCUCUGCUUGGAGCUCUGGAAUUCCGCAAAAACAACCUUGCGUUCUACGGGCUGGGUGACGAGAAGCUGAGAAUGGGCAUCUUGCGUGAUGGAUACGACGGCCUCCCUGAGCCAUGGACAGGAUGCCAUUACGUUGCCAACAAUGUCGCGCGCUUAGUUGAGCUCUCGGAUCAAUGGUAUCAGAAAUGGUCAAAAGCCGCGGAUGAAAAAGCUAAGCCAUCAGGCAAACCAGACCCUGCCAUCAUUUCCAAGAUUUACAAGGAUCUCCCAUCGGCCAUUGACGGCAUGCUCACUUCUAUUCUGGAAUAUGCUCGAUGGGCUGAGACGACACCGGACCAGAAAUCCAUGGGCCAAACCUUUGCCAAGGAAUAUCAAAAAGAAAGGUAUAACAGACCCAUCAGCCUUGGACGAGCAGGUAAAUGGGAAGAAGGAGCUACUAUCGCCGAGAAGCAUGGCUGCCUAGAUGGCCUAGCAGUUAUCCUACUUGAUCAUAUCGAGGAAUUAGAGCUGAUACUCAGCGAGCCCACACUGACUACUUUCGAGUCACAAAACUUGAGGGUUUUGAAGAAAAGAAAGGAAGCAGAGCUAGAAGAAAGGUUCACCCGAUAUGGCCAAGAAUUCGCCUUCCCCGUUUACGAGUAUAUGCUCGAAAAGCACGGAGUUGAUGCUGUGUUGGCAUUUGGGCUCGAGACAUUAGGCUACAAGACCCGGUUCCUUCGCAGCAGACCUGAAUUGGCACGGAUAUCAUGGAUCAAUGACAUUCAGCAAGAACAGCAAGUCGGUCAUGCUGCAGAGACGCUAAUCCAUCUCGCUCUUGAAAAGGAGCAUCAAGUGUGGAGCAAGAAAAUCGAGCUCAGCCUUGGAAAAUUGGCCUUGUUGGCUGAGAUAGAGAAGGUAGAGAAGACGUCGCCGCCUUCGAGCUCCAAGCCAAAGACAGACCUUCGACUUGAGCAGAAACUGGCGCAGGUUGACAAGGAGCUCAUUACAGUUAAGAUCCAAGAUCAGCUCUAUGCCCAGAUUUUCCCCAGUACUUACGACGCCGUUGACGAAGCAGCCGCUUUGAACCUUGCCAUGGAGGCCCAUGGUGCAAAUGUGCCCAAACGCCAGAAAGCUCUGCGCCAGGUUUUCGAGGAUGGCAUGGAAAGACUGCUCAAGCAUGAAGCUCUUGAUGCCAUGACGCUGAUUGACCUGUUGACACUCGUGGAGCUCACACAAGAAUCCCGAGAAGAAAUAGCACAUCCGUUUUGGUUGGCUCUUAAGGUGGCCGAGAGCAGUUGCCACGGCGAUGAACUUCGCGACGCCAAACGGCUCAUCUGGAGGAGGCUCUUUAUCCGGGAUGACUGGUCAAAGAUCAACGACACGCAGUUGAAGGAUGACAAGGAAGUGGUGGAGAGACUGGCAAGCACUGAGCUAUACGCAAUGCUUUCAGACUGCAUUCAAUACCAGACUGCCCAUAGUGUCUUCAAGCCCAUGUCGCCUCAAGAUGCCCUUGGUGCCUUUUCAGAGCAUCUUGACAGCCGUUUCCGUGACUUUGAGGCGGGCAUGAGGUCAAAGCUGAUUGACGCCAUGCAUCACGAGGACAAGCUCCUCACACAAUACAUUGAAAAGAAUCGCCUGACGGAAUGGGAACGCACCGCUCUGGAAGCGGCACAAGCCCAGCACAUCAAGGAGCAGGCAGAGAAUGCCAUUCCUCCCUUGAAUCUGUCCGCGCCCCUGUUGGGCGGCGAACUUAACCCUAGCACUAAUGGUAAGGCCUUGUAA